AUGACUCGUACUAAAAGCCGACUCUUCUUCAAAAACGCUCUUUUGAUCUCUGUUCAUUCCAACAAAGAACCCUUUAUUUCAGAUGUGCUGGUAUCACAAGAAGGAUUGAUAUCCUAUGUCGGACGCGAAAUAACUGAAGACGCCGAAGACGCCGACAGGGUUAUUGAUGCGACUGGGAAGUGGCUGUUACCAGGAUUUGUUUCAGCACAUAGCCAUUUUUGGCAAAGUGGCUUCCCUGGCCAAGCGUCGGAUAAAUCUGUGAAUGAGUGGUCGGAGGCUAUUUACCAGCCAGCCAGGAACUUAACCCCUCAAGACAUCUACACUCUUACGAGUCAAGGCGCGGCCUCUCAUAUACGGAAAGGGAUCACAACUGCGUUUAAUUUUACAUAUUCGCCAAAUUUCCGAGAUGGCCUUGCAGAUCGUGCUCAAUUCAUUGCGGCUCUCGAUUCUGGGAUUCGCUUCGUCCACGGGUUCAACGUGGGUGCUGUGACUCCAAGAUGGUCUAACGAGCAAGCUCUAGCUCGGACUAAGAAGUUUCUCGAGUGGGCUUCUACCGUUGAUACUUCUGGGAAAUAUCUUGGAACCAUGAUUGCGAAUCACGGAAUUAUAUACCGAACGGAUUCCAGUAUUCAUAUGGAAGCCGAAGUUAUGCAAAAGCUCAAUUUACAUGGCCAUCUCCAUUACCUUGAAAGUCCUAGAUCUCAGGACAUAGAGACAGAGCAGUCUCGGUGGACAUGGCUUAGAGAUGCUGGUCUCAUUGACCAGAGGCUUAUAGUUGGACAUUUUCUGCAUCCUACACCAUCCAUGUUGAGGGAAGCUGCUCAUGCUGGUGUGCGUAUGAGCUGGAAUCCAAUGUCCAAUGGCCGUCUUGGAUCAGGCAUUGCAGAUAUUCCUGAGUAUCUCAAAAAAGGUCUUUGCAUUGGCCUAGGUGUUGAUGGCGAAGCAAGCAGCGAUCGUUGCGAUCCGUUUGAGAAUAUGCGAAUGGGCCUUUAUUCUACCCGAGGAAAGUAUCAGGACCCUUCUGUCUUGACUACACGAGAAGUACUAUAUAUGCACACUCUAGGCGCAGCCAAAGUACUAGGGAUUGACGAGAAAGUCGGCAGUUUGGAGAUAGGGAAGCAAGCAGACAUGGUCCUUCUUGACCCACCAUCUUCCUGGAAGCUCGAUGAUCCUGUAUCUACAUUGGUACUUUCAGCUGGUGUUGAAGAUAUCAGAGCGGUUUUCGUUGGAGGGGUUGAGCAAUGGCCACAUAUGUCUACGGUUCAUAAAGACCCUACCCGAUUACCAGAGCUAGCUUGGACAUUUUCUUCGAAAUAA